AAACUUGCAGCUGCUCACUUUUCAGACUAUGCUCUUGUUUGGUGGAAUAAGUUUGCAAAAGAGAGAUUGAGAAAUGAGGAGCCAGCGGUGGAAACAUGGGCUGAAAUGAAACGAAUCAUGAGGAAAAGAUAUGUCCCUUCAAGCCAUGCUAGGGAUGUAAAAUUUAAACUUCAAAAACUUACCCAAGGCAGCAAGAGUGUUGAGGAGUAUUACAAAGAACUUGAGGUGCUUAUGUUGCAAGCCAAUCUUGAGGAGGAUGAAGAGGUAACCAUGAUUCGAUUUAUUAAUGGUCUAUCUAAUGAUGUUAGAGAUAUUAUAGAACUUCAGGAAUAUGUAGACAUGGAAGAAUUGCUGCACAAGGCCACUAAAGUUGAGCAACAACUCAAAAGGAAAGGGCUUGCAAGGAAGAGUUCUACCAAUUCCAAUUCAUCUUGGAGAGACAGAAUGAAGAAUGAAGGGCCGAGCACCCUUAGCAAACCAGCCACCAAACCACAAGCUUCAGCUUCUUCAAAACCUCUUGAACAACCAUCCAAAAAGAGCAAAGAGGUCAAGUGCUUCAAAUGCCAAGGUAUGGGACAUUAUGCUUAUGAAUGUGCCUCCAAAAAGACCAUGAUUCUUAAGGAUGAUGGAGACUACACCAGUGAGUCCGAAGGAGAACAAAGUGAAGAAGAAGAGGAGGCAGCCAUGAAUGGUGAACUGUUGAUGAUCCGAAGAAUGCUUGGUAGCCAACAAAAGCCAAAGAAAGAAAGCCAAAGAGAGAAUAUCUUUCACACAAGAUGUUCUGUCAAUGGGCAGAUUUGCUUGAUGAUUGUUGAUGGCGGAAGCUGUACUAAUGUGGCUAGUGAAAGAAUGGUGGAGAAGCUGAACCUGGUCACAAAACCACAUCCUUGGCCAUACAAACUUCAAUGGCUCAGCCACUAUGGAGAAAUACAAGUAAGUAAGCAAGUUGAAGUUGACUUUUCCAUUGGCAAAUACAGGGAUAAGGUUCUUUGUGAUGUUGUUCCCAUGGAGGCUAGUCACAUACUGCUGGGAAGACCAUGGCAAUAUGACACCAAGGAUUAUGAGGAUGUGUUUCCAACAAGUGUUCCAAGUGGUCUACCACCACUGAGAGGAAUUGAGCAUCAAAUUGAUCUCAUUCCGGGAGCUUCUUUGCCUAAUAGGCCAGCAUAUAGAAGCAACCCACAAGAAACCACUGAAAUUCAAAGACAAGUGGAAGAACUCUUGAACAAAGGGUGGGUAAGAAAUAGCAUGAGUCCUUGUGCUGUACCGGUGAUUUUGGUACCAAAGAAAGAUGGGACUUGGAGAUUUGUUGUGAGUUCGAAAGGAGUGCAGGUUGAUGAGGAAAAGAUCAAAGCCAUUCAAGAGUGGCCCACUCCUAAAUCCGUGGGUGAUGUAAGAAGUUUUCAUGGCUUGGCCAGUUUCUACAGGAGGUUUGUAAAGGACUUUAGUACCUUGGCAGCACCCCUAAAUGAAGUGGUGAAAAAGAAUGUGGGUUUUCAUUGGGGAAAGAAUCAAGAAGAGGCCUUUGCUGCCCUAAAGCAUAAGCUUACCCAUGCACCUAUACUUGCUUUACCUAACUUUGCUAAAUCUUUUGAACUUGAAUGUGAUGCUUCAAAUGUAGGUAUUGGAGCUGUGUUGCUUCAAGAAGGCCACCCAAUUGCUUAUUUUAGUGAAAAGUUAAGCGGAGCUGCCCUUAACUAUUCUACUUAUGAUAAGGAAUUGUAUGCUUUGGUGAGAGCUUUGAAGACCUGGCAGCAUUAUCUUUUGCCCAAGGAAUUCGUGAUUCAUAGUGAUCAUGAGUCGCUGAAAUACUUGAAGGGGCAAGGUAAGUUGAACAAAAGGCAUGCCAAAUGGGUUGAAUUUUUGGAACAAUUUCCCUAUGUCAUAAAACACAAAAAGGGGAAAAGUAACAUUGUGGCUGAUGCUUUAUCCAGGAGACACGUGCACAAUGGAUUUUUAUUUAAGGAAAACAGGUUGUGUGUGCCUAAAAGUUCCAUUAGAGAACUGCUUGUUAAAGAAUCCCAUGCUGGGGGACUAAUGGGUCAUUUUGGAGUCCAAAAGACUCUAGAAACUUUACAGGAACAUUUCUAUUGGCCCAAAAUGAAACAUGAUGUGAUCAAGUUUUGUGAACAUUGCAUUGUUUGCAAGAAGGCUAAGUCUAAGGUGAUGCCACAUGGUUUGUAUACUUCUUUGCCAAUCCCUGAAUACCCUUGGGUUGACUUGUCUAUGGACUUUGUUUUAGGCCUCCCUAGAACAAAGAAUGGUAAGGAUUCCAUUUUUGUGGUUGUUGAUAGGUUUUCAAAAAUGGCUCACUUUAUUCCUUGCAGGAAAGCUGAUGAUGCUUGUCACGUUGCUGAUUUGUUCUUUAAAGAAGUUGUAAGACUUCAUGGGAUGCCUAGAAGCAUAGUUAGUGAUAGGGACACCAAGUUCCUAAGUCACUUCUGGAGGACUUUAUGGGGGAAGUUAGGCACCAAACUUUUGUUCUCUACCACUUGCCACCCACAAACUGAUGGGCAAACUGAGGUGGUUAAUAGGACCCUAGGCACCUUGCUUAGGACUGUCCUUAAGGCCAAUUUAAAGGCUUGGGAGGCGUGUUUGCCUCAUGUUGAAUUUGCUUACAAUAGGGCUGUCCAUAGCACUACCAAUUGCUCUCCAUUUGAAGUAGUGUAUGGAUUUUCAAGCACAAGGAAGGACAGGGCAAAGCUGAAUAUAAAGGAGGUGGUGUUCCAACCCGGAGAUUGGGUUUGGGUGCACAUGAGGAAGGAAAGGUUUCCAGAACAAAGGAAAUCCAAACUCCAACCUAGAGGGGAUGGACCUUUUCAAGUGCUUGAGAGAAUCAAUAACAAUGCCUACAAAAUAGAGCUUCCAGAUGGCGGAGAAUUUGAUUUGAGGUCAAAUCCUUUUCAAGAGGGAGGGAAUGAUGAGGACAAGGACAAGGACAAGGGUCAUGGAGCCCUAAAAGGACUUGGAGGACCAAUGACAAGGGCUAGAGCUAAAAAGGCCAAAGAGACUCUUCAGCAAGUAGUGGCAACCAUUCUUGAAGACAAAGUGGUAGAAGAGAUGGAACCAAAAAUCAUGAUGAUCAUUCAGGCCCAAGAAGCAUGUGAAUAUGAAUACCUAUGCUAUAUGAAUAUUGCCUGA